AACCAGCCCCUAUUUUCCUCCACUCUUGCCUUAAAUUAAUAAUAGAAAGAUAAUUUCCCGCACGUCACUACCCCUCCUUUGUCUUCACGUAGAAAUCCACUCCCCCACAUCCUCCUCCUCUCUGUAUAACGAACAAAUCACCGGCUCUUAUCUCCAGCCCAUAUAAUACUUUAAUCCACACCACAUCAUCCAUUCUGGUUUCACUCCAUUCGCUCUCUUCUAAGGAACUAAGGGGGUGUGUGAUAAGCAGCCAUAAGCAUGGAGAUCACCAACGUUACGGAGUAUCAGCCAAUCGCUAAGCAGAAGCUGCCUAAGAUGGUCUAUGACUAUUAUGCCUCUGGUGCAGAGGAUGAGUGGACUUUGAAGGAGAACAGGGAGGCAUUCUCGAGGAUUCUGUUUCGUCCGCGCAUACUUAUCGAUGUGUCCAGAAUUGAUAUGACUACAACUGUGCUUGGUUUCAAGAUAUCAAUGCCAAUUAUGAUUGCUCCCACUGCCAUGCAGAAAAUGGCCCACCCGGAAGGAGAAUAUGCAACUGCAAGGGCAGCAUCAGCAGCUGGCACCAUAAUGACACUAUCAUCAUGGGCUACUUCUAGUGUCGAGGAGGUUGCUUCCACAGGACCAGGAAUUAGAUUCUUCCAGCUCUAUGUCUACAAAGAUAGGAAUGUAGUUGCACAGCUUGUAAGAAGGGCUGAAAGGGCUGGAUUCAAGGCAAUAGCUCUCACUGUGGAUACUCCAAGACUUGGGCGUAGGGAAGCAGACAUCAAGAACAGAUUUACCUUGCCUCCAUUUUUAACUCUGAAGAACUUUGAGGGUUUGGACCUUGGCAAGAUGGACAAGACCAGUGACUCUGGGUUGGCAUCUUAUGUUGCUGGCCAAAUUGAUCGAUCACUAAGUUGGAAGGAUGUUAAGUGGUUGCAAACAAUUACUACUAUGCCAAUUUUAGUGAAAGGAGUUCUCACUGCAGAAGAUACAAGGUUGGCCAUACAAAAUGGUGCAGCUGGUAUCAUUGUGUCCAACCAUGGAGCUCGCCAGCUUGACUAUGUCCCAGCUACCAUCACUGCUCUGGAGGAGGUUGUCAAAGCUGCACAAGGCCGAAUUCCUGUCUUUCUAGAUGGUGGUGUUCGUCGUGGAACAGAUGUGUUCAAGGCUUUAGCUUUGGGAGCCUCUGGUGUAUUUAUUGGAAGGCCUGUGGUAUUUUCUUUGGCUGCUGAAGGUGAGGCUGGUGUCAGGAAGGUGCUUCAGAUGCUUCGCGACGAAUUCGAGCUGACUAUGGCAUUAAGUGGUUGCACCUCACUCAAAGAAAUCACUCGCAGCCACAUAGUGACUGAUGCAGACAGGCAUCGUCCUGUAUCCAGGUUAUAGAUCACCUGGAGGAUGACCACUCUUGCUCCAAACGGAGAGCUACAUAUAAGCUCUGGUUUCGGGAGAACUUCAUUGUCAGGAGCCUAUUUGUCCAGGAGAUAAAAUUCCAAUAAUCCUAUGUACUUGAAGUUUUAAGUUGUUAUGAUGAUGAUGCUGGAUUAUGUUUUUCAUUUACUGCCAUAAAUGCUGCCUCCAGUGUAUAUUUUUGUUCUCAGAUACUUACUCACCUUAGCAUAAAUUUCAAAAUUUGGAAUUUGAAUCA